AGGAUGAAAAUGAAGGAAAUAGCAUGCAGCCUACUACAUAGGACAUCGUAAUUUUACUUCCUUUGGAAAGCAUGYUGGAUGUUAAGUUUCAGCUUAGCCAUUAAGAACAAGGAGGAAGCAAAUUCAGCAAGGAAAAAGUACUUUAUUUUGCCCUUUUAGUGCUAUAUCAAAUUCCAAGAUGGCACCCACCAUCGUCACUACUACAAAGCCGCCGAGUAGUCCUUCUAUAAAAUGCCCAGCAUUCACRUAUYCUGGAUACGACGCCAGUAAAGAUCAGUAUYUUUGUGAAUACUCGAGUUGGGCUUAUGGAGUUUUUGCCAUAGCUGCCCUGCUUCUUAUAAUGUUCCCUUUAGUUACCUUCAUCUGUUGUAUAGUAAGACUUCGAGCAAAGAGGCGUUACAUUAAACGAUUAAGAAGUACUGUUAGCACUGAUAGCUAUACAACAAGCAGUGAGCAACCUCUCAUCCGCGACGGAAUACAUCACCAAAAUGCAGUGUAUGGAAGUAUUGAACCCUUAUCUCCACGACGAUCUCCAACAUCUGAUAGUAUUACAGAACCUCAGAGUGAAGGYCAUGAUAACAUCAGUGUGGUUUCAAGUCGCGCUAGUUUGAUGCCCAAUUAUGACCAAGCAUCUUUAGACUUUAGAAACACUAAGACAGGAAGCACAUUUCAAAAUUCCUAUGAUUGCCCAGAACCUAUAGACAGAUCUGAACAACGCCCACCCUCAGGAAAUGCWCUUAGUCCCUAUAUGUCAACCAAUAUUAUUUCAAAUCCAACAAAUUCAAGAAGCAAGACAAACUCACCAAUAUAUGCUGUACCAGAGGAAGCAACUCCAAAAAUGUCACCUUUAGUUCCAAAACAACCUGAGUAUUCUGUGCUAGAGAAUCCUUCAAAUGAUACUGAAGAAAAGAAAGAUGAGCUAAGAACUUGUAAUAAUGAUGAAAAACCUUCUGACAAACCUGCACCUGAUUCUAGUGAUAAUGAAAACAAAGCCGACAGUAGUUGUAAAGAUGUACCUGAKGCCGAUGUUCCUAAUGAAUCUGAACCAAACACGAUGUCUAGAGUAGAUUUACUACAUAAUGAAGCUCCUAAUAAUGAGCCUGUUUACAACAUUCUUGAACCAACAAAACCACMGCAUGUUUCUAAACCACCRAGUAAUGCAGAGAUMAAGCAAAACCAACAAGAAAGCACACACAAUAACCUGCYAAUUGAAAAACCAAAAGACUUCAGUUUUMMUGACAAGGCUGAAAGUASKAAAGACAAUGAAACAACAGAUGAAGCACGAUAUAUGCCUUUAGUAUUUCCAAAAGCAAAUGGUAUUGAAGAAACUGAAUCAAAUCAGACUUUUACAAAAGAAAGAACAAAGUCAAGAGCUGACUAUCAAGAAAUUCUGCUGGAUGCUAUCAAAAGUUAUCCUCUUGAAGAAAGAAAUGGCUGCUUUGUUUUGCGAGAUUCUGUAUCUUCACCAGGAUCAAAAGCUUUGACUGUAUAUAACAAAACUGAGGACAGCCAACAAGAAUUUUAUAAUUUCAAGAUUUGUUUUGAAGAGRCUGGAAAGGUGUACUUGGCUAAGAGUAUAAAAAGGUUUUCUUCUAUUGAAGAGCUCUUGGCUUUCCUAAGAACUAAUAAAGAUAUGCUUCCCUGCACUUUGAGGAGUCAAAUAGCAUGAUAUAGCUUAGAGAUAUUCCCUAAACAUAUGACAAGAGUAGAGUGAUCGCAAACAUGGCAGAUUUGUUUUGUUUUCUCUAGAAAAUGAUC